CGGUCGCCUUAAACACACACGUAAGAAUGAAUGUAGAAGAGGAAACACCGAACGAAAGGUCAACGUCCUCAUAUCGUCCUCCUAGUGCAACACAAAGGAGACAAUGUGCAGUAUGCCAACGUGAAGGUCAUCGUGUUUACGAAUGCGAGCAGUUCAAAGCCGCCGAUGUGGAUGAACGUUGGAAAUUUGUAAAUACCAAGUCACUAUGCAGGACGUGUCUAAAUAACCAUGGUAAAUGGCCUUGUAAAUCCUGGCAAGGUUGCGGGGUGGAUGGAUGUCGCCUGAAACACCACCAGUUGCUCCAUCCAACAGUAGCAACCGAUGAAGCCGUAAGCGCAUGCGCAUCACACACAAACGAGAUGAGGGCUCGUCAUACUCAUUAAUCGAUGAAACGAUAGCCCAAAAGUUGAACGUGC